UUUUGUCUGUAAGCUUGAAUAACAUUUAUGAUAUAGUUUCGAAAAGAAAAAUAAAACCCUUUAGGUUACCCCCUCUCUCUCUCCCUGUCGUCGACUCGAGUAGGUCAGUUACGUUAAAGGAUCGUGCUUUGAAGAAGAAGAAGAAGAGAUAAGAUGAGUGGGAGUGGAGACAAUAAAGUUUCUGGAGGAACGACAAAGACACCUGCUGAUUUCCUCAAAUCCAUCCGUGGGAGACCUGUUGUCGUCAAGCUCAACUCUGGUGUUGAUUAUCGUGGCAUCCUUGCUUGUCUUGAUGGGUACAUGAACAUAGCAAUGGAGCAAACAGAGGAGUAUGUUAACGGGCAGCUCAAGAACAAAUACGGUGAUGCCUUUAUCCGUGGAAACAAUGUUCUUUACAUCAGUACGGUGAACACGCCUUUAGCUGACGGAGCUUAGACCCUUCCUCAUGCUGAUCAUCAUUAGCACCCAUGGCCAUCUUAUAGAUGUUACCUGCUUUGGCCUCUUUCUUUCUAAAACAACUCUCUUGACUUGACGAUUGACAUGUAUCAAAGAUGUUUGUUUUUCUUAAAUGAAUUUUUGUUAUAAGCAUGGUAAUAGCAGACUCAUUUAUUUUUACUUAA